ACUUCUAGAAGGCCAGGGCCCAGAACAAAGAAGGCUUUCAUACCCUGGGGUACUUCCUUCUCUAGGCAGGUCUAAACUGAGGAGGAGGGCUAAGCCCCACCCCCCAGGGGAACCCUAUAAAGGCUGCAGAGAGGCUGGACUUCCUAGGAGACUGAGAUUUCCUCCCCACAGCCACUCCAGAGAUGUCCAUGCGAAAGCUAUGAUGCGCACACACUCCGAGGUGAGACGGACAUGUUUACUGAAUGCCCUGACCCUGUACCCCACGUGAAGUGUGCACACACACAGGAGGACAUAGAUGCCUGGGUUUGCAUAUGCAGUUAAACAGCCCCUGAUGCAGGCAGCUCUGCGGAAGCUCUUCCUGCCCUGGACCCUGGCUCUGCCCCUCCUUCUCUAAGACGCCUCUCAUGCACCCGGAGCCUUUUCUUUUCCAAUCUGAAUGGGCCCUUCUUUCAACUGAUCCCUCCUUAGGGUCCCAGUGCAGAGUCCUAAUCCAGAAGAACGGUUUGAACUGCGAAGCAUCAAUCCUGCGUGCCACUCCUCACCACUGCAUCUGGCCCGUGUUCUGAACGGACGAUGGCUUUGGAGGCCAAGAGGGGACCUCAGCGAGUACUCUUUGGUGAAUGGCUUCUAGGGGAGGUCAGCAGUGGGCACUAUGAGGGCCUGCGCUGGCUGGACAACACCCGCACCUGCUUCCGGGUACCCUGGAAACACCUGUCCCGGAAGAACAUCAGUGAGGAUGAUGCGAGCAUCUUCAAGGCCUGGGCCAUUGCGCGAGGUCGGUGGCAGCCCGACCCCGAGGGCGCUAGCCCCCAGCCCCCAGAGGCCUCAGAGCGAACCCACUGGAAGACCAACUUCCGAUGUGCCCUGAAGAGCACCCAGCUGUUCACGCUGGUGGAGGACAGGUCCUGGGAUGAGCAUGAUCCCCACAAGGUGUUCACACUCAGCCAGCCCUGGCCCAGGGCAUCAGGAGUGGACAGGACUGCUGGGGAGGAGCAGCCCACAUGCCUCAGUUCCUUAGGAGCUAGGGGGGACAGCCCAAUGACAGAGGUUUGCGGGAGAAGAGAUGCUGACAGCAUGGGGGAGGAUCCAGGAGGCCAGAGGAAGGGUGCCCAACUCUUUGUGGGCGGCGUCCUGGUCCCUGACCUCUCCCCUGCCCCCUGUCCUUGUCCCCCACCCCCUCACCUGGCAUCACGCCACCUCGCAGCUGACAAUGUCUCCUUCCAGCUGCAGGCCGGGCUCCAGGUGCUCUCCCUGGAUGGACAGGCUGCUGAUGUUUCUGGUCCUGACCUUCUCCAAUUGGCCCUGGAACAGAGUGAGCUGGAGGGCCUGGCAGAGGCCACUGAAUAUUUCCAGGGGGAAGAGCCCGCUCCCUGUCUCCAUGAAGCUGGCCACCCUCAGGAUGGAGCCUUCUGUCCAGCCCCCCAGCUCCCUCUGAGCAGUUCCCUCCCUACUGGCUUAGAUGUGACAAUCCUCUACAAGGGUCAGAUAGUGAGGCAGGUGGCCGUGGUUCACACCUCCUGCCUCUUUGUGGCCAGCAGCCCUGGCCUGGUGUCGGGGGUCUCUCAGGACCACCAGCUUGUGGUUUUCCCCAGCCCAGCAGCCCUGGAGCUGGCAGACCAGAAGCAAGUGCGCUAUACUGAACAGCUGAUGCAGCACAUAGGGCCCGGGCUGCAGCUGCAGUUUUGGGACCAGAGCCUCUGGGCCAAGAGAAUGGGCAAAUGCAAAGUGUACUGGGAGCUGAGCAGCCUCCUGGCAUCAUCGGGGACUCCACCGCCACCCCGCCUGCUUCCUAGGAACGAGGCCAGGCCCAUCUUUGACUUCUCUGUCUUCCGCCAGGAACUGGCCGAGUACAGGGAUCAGAGGAGACGCACCUCUCCUGACUAUACUAUCUACUUGGGCUUUGGCCAGACUCUCUCCAGAAGGCCCAAGGAGAGGAACCUCAUCUUGGUGAAGGUAGUGCCCCGAAUCUGCCAGCUCUGCCACGAGGCUGUCCAACGGCAGGAAGGCGUCUCCUCCCUGGACAGUGGUGGCCUCAGCCUGCAGGUCUCCCACAGCCUCAGCCUCUAUGAAGUGCUGGAAAACUUCCUCAUGGAGACGGAAUACCCUGCCUAGACCUGUAGCCCUCUGGACAAAACCACCCUUUCCCCUUGGGGAAAAAAGCCACAUGGAGACAGAAUGUCCAGGCACUCCCCAGACCCUGGAGCUGUGGGUCAGUCCUCGGGACGGCCAGUCCAGCUCCCCUCUCCUUCCCACUCAAGAACACCUCUAGGCACCUCACCUUUUAGCAAAGUCAUCAGUGGCUUCCCAUUGCCUCUUGGAUAAAAUAAAAAAAACCCAAUUUGGUUCCACCUU